AUGGAUAAAAGAUGGAGUCUCCAAGGUAUGACUGCUCUUGUAACCGGUGGAGCCAGCGGAAUCGGGCAUGCCAUAGUAGAGGAGCUAGCCGGUUUUGGGGCCAAAAUCCAUGUGAGCAACGUUGGUGUAGUUCGCCCUAAACCAACAAUAGAAAAUGUGGAGGACGACUUCACGUUCCAUAUUUCAACAAACUUGGAAUCUGGUUAUCAUCUAAGCCAGCUUUCACAUCCUCUCCUAAAGGCUUCUGGCUAUGGAAGCAUCGUCUUUAUUUCCUCUAUUGCAGGGGUUAUAUCAAUUGGCUGUGGAACAUCCAUCUAUAGUUUAACCAAAGGAGCUUUGAAUCAGUUAGCAAGAAAUUUGGCAUGUGAAUGGGCAAAAGACGGCAUAAGAUCCAACGCUGUUGCUCCUAACUUUAUCCACACAACUCUGGCUCAACCUUUUCUCCAAAGCGCCGGUUUUAAUGAGAGUUUGUCCAGUAGAACUCCUCUUGGUCGUGCUGGAGAGCCGAUGAAGUUGCAUCACUAG